AUGAUAACCCUUCUCCGCCGCCUCCGCCCAACCCUCUACCUCCUGCCCCCCACCCUCCUCUUCCUCACGCACGGCUUCUCCGUCGGCAUCAUCUCCGGCCGGAGCAUGCAACCCACUCUCAACCCCGACACCUCCCACACGCGUCGCGACAUCGUUCUCCUCGACAAACGCCCUGCCUCACCCGUCACGCAGUCGUCAAACUCACCAACAGUUGGAAUAAAGAGAGGGGAUGUGGUGUUUCUCGCCAACCCUUACGAUGAGAAGAUGAAGCUGGUUAAGCGGGUGGUGGCGGUUGCUGGGGAUGUGGUUCGGCCGCGGAGGGGUAGCGAGGAGGGUGUGAUGGGGGGCGGCGAGGACUGGUGGGCACGGCAUCACCAUCUUGUUGGGCAUGACGACUCGCAUAACUCGUCUACGCUGUAUGUUCGGAUUCCGAGGGGGCAUGUGUGGGUAGAGUCAGAUGAACCGUUUCGAGGCGUUGACUCUAAUGUUUUUGGGCCCGUGCCCCUGGGGUUGGUGGAGAGUAAAGUGGUUGCGGUGCUGUGGCCAACGGAUAGGUUUGGGAGACUGCAGAGUAGAAGCGUGAAGCCUGGGAGAGUUCUGAUUGGUGGGGGCGGGAAGGGGAUUGGGAUGGGAUUGGGGCUUGGUGGGUUUGUGUGGGACGGCGAUGAGGCGAUUGAAGGUGAGACGGAUGCGCUAGGGAUCAUUCCCCCUAUAGGGUAG